AUGCAGCACAAGAAAGACGUCAAGGCACAAGAAAUGCGUCAACAAAAGAAUUUUGGAAAUGUCAUGAACUUGAUAUUUCUGUUAUCUCUUAUCACCUUAACCUCUGCAAUUUCCUAUUCCUCUCCUAUUCAACGUACCGGAUCCCUUAGAGCCAAACUGUUGAAAAAUGGAAAAUAUCCGGAAUUUCUGGCGGCACAAAAGAAAUUGAGAGCAGCAACGUCACAACCCUUCUUGGACUACUCGGAUGACUAUUACAGGGUGAAGAUAGAAUUGGGAACACCUCCACAAGGGUUCACUGUCUCCCUGGAUACGGCUUCUUCUUUCCUCUGGGUACUUGAUGUGAAUUGUAAAUCCAAAAAUUGCAAAGGAGAUCCGUCGCUCAAUAACGAAAAAGACACCUACAACAAUUCUGAUUCCACAACUUUUCAAUGUGGAGCCGGGACCUUUGUGGCACAAUUCGAUGGGCAACCGGUGACAGGGUACCUCGCCAAAGAGACAUUCACAUUGGCAAACUCAUUGAAUAUUCGGAAUCAAGACUUUGGAAGUGCCCAGACGGUCCCUGACCUUUAUUUGGAACAACCUGUGGAUGGUGUACUUGGAUUUGGGUUGCCGGCAAUGGCUGUGAAUGGGACAAAGACUCCAUUGGAUACUCUGAUGCCUCUACUUGAUCUGAAACUUUUCACGGUUUGGAUGGAUAAAAUUACUCCAAAAUCAAUGGCGGGGAACGCUGGAUUGAUCACUUAUGGAGCAUUGGAUAGUGUUAAUUGUGACUCUAAAAUUAAUUAUGUGCCAUUGAAUGUGAUGGGGUAUUGGGGAUUUGCAUUGGAUGGCUUCGCGAUUGGAACUUUUACGAGGCAGAGGAAGGAGCAGGUGAUCUCCGACACGGCGUCCGGCUGGAUCGGCGCCCCACCUACCGUAAUUUCCGCAAUUGUGAAGGCAACCGGAGCGAAAUACGACUGGAACCUAGAGCUCUAUACAGUACCGUGUAGUCAGAUGACCACUCAACCCGACCUCAUUUUCACUAUAAAUGGAAUCGAUUAUCCGGUGAAAUCAGUGGAAUAUAUUCUGGAUUUGGGAUUGGAUAACAAGCAGUGUGCACUCACUUUCUUCGGAAUGUCUUCGUCGAGUUUUGGACCUGCUUGGGUACUUGGAGACACUUUUAUAAGGUCUUAUUGUCAUGUCUAUGAUUAUGGAAAUAUGAGAAUCGGAUUGGCGAAAGCUCAUUCAUCUGUGUGA